AACAUCAAAAACCUCCUCACUCUUAAAACUCUCAACCCUCGCCGCUUUCAUCUCUUUUGCAGAAAGCUUCCGUCCGCAGUUGCAAAAAUGGUGUCGCUCAAGCUGCAGAAGCGGCUCUCCGCUAGUGUCCUCAAAUGUGGGAAGAAGAAGACUUGGCUUGACCCCAAUGAAACCAAUGAGAUCUCCAUGGCUAACUCGAGACAAAACAUUAGAAAGCUUAUCAAAGAUGGAUUUAUCAUUAAGAAGCCAUCAAACAUCCAUUCCCGUUCCCGUGCUCGCCGCAUGAAUGAAGCAAAGAGAAAGGGGCGUCACUCUGGCUAUGGUAAACGUAAGGGUACCAGGGAGGCUAGGUUGCCUACAAAAGUUCUCUGGAUGAGGAGAAUGCGUGUACUAAGGCGCUUGCUCCGUAAGUAUAGGGAGUCCAAGAAAAUUGACAAGCACAUGUAUCACGAUAUGUACAUGAAGGUUAAGGGUAAUGUCUUCAAGAACAAACGUGUUCUGAUGGAGAACAUCCACAAGUCAAAGGCUGAGAAGGCAAGAGAGAAGACCCUCUCUGAUCAGUUUGAGGCUAGGCGUGCCAAGAACAAGGCUAGCAGGGAGAGAAAGAUUGCAAGGAGGGAUGAACGUCUUGCUCUGGGACCAGUAGAGAAAGCACCAGCUCCAGCACCAGUAGCAGCAGCUCCAAAGCCCGCAGAGCCAACUAAGAAAUCCAAGAAGUGAAGCAGUGUUAUUGAGUAGCUUUUAAGAUUCUGUUUUCAUUGGAGCAACUCUGUUAAGACUUGGUAAACUAGAUUUGCAAAUUUUUGUCUCUGAAGAAAGUUUUUUUUCCAUUUUAUUUGAUUGCAAGACGAACCAAUUCCGUUUGCCAUGUUUGACUGCACAGUUUCGGUAAAUUUGGUAAUCUUUAGGAAUUUACUUCAGGAAAAUUUGUGUCUUACACUUAUUGGUUAUAUAUGAGUUUUAAUGCUUAAUGCCA